CGUCUGCCCCGACGCGUACGCCUCACCCGCGCCUUUUGCUUCGCUGUAUCAUCUGCACGCUAGACAUUACAUCAAGCACGUAUUGUCAACUUCUUACCACUAGCAUUGCAUAAUGACCGCCUCGUCUGCGCCCGCCCAGUCAACCGUCGCUCCUUCUGAGGUCGGAUGGCAAUUCGUACCUCAGUAUUACACCUUCGUCAACAAACAGCCCAAUCGCUUGCAUUGCUUUUAUACGAAAGCAUCCACAUUCAUUCACGGGACCGAGGGUGAAGAUGGCAAACCGUGUUUUGGUCAGCAGGAAAUCCACAACCGAAUAACUCAACUUGGCUUCGAAGACUGCAAAGUUUUCAUCCACUCGGUUGACGCGCAGUCAUCUGCCAAUGGAGGCAUUCUCAUCCAGGUUAUCGGCGAGAUGUCCAACAAGGGCGAACCCUGGAAGAAGUUUGUCCAGACCUUUUUCCUCGCCGAGCAGCCGAACGGCUACUUCGUCCUCAACGACAUCUUCCGCUUCUUGAAAGAGGAGACCGUUGACUCCGAGGGUGCACAGGAUGGUGCUGAGUCCGAGGCAGCCCCCGAGCCCACCUAUCCGGAGCCCGCGCGCGUGCCCACGCCGCCUCCUCCGGCACCUGAGCCUGAGCCUGUUCAUGAGCCGGCGCCGCCCGUCGAGGAGCAACCUGCUACGCCCGAGGUUGCCGAACCAAGUCCUGUUCCUGAGCCUCAUGUCAACGGCACCACGCCUGUCAUCGAGCACGAACCCACUCCGGAGCCAGAGGCAGCUUCUGAACCCGUAGCGGAGCCCGAGCUCGAGCCUACACCUGAGCCUGCUCCUGUUGAGCCUACCCCGGCGCCUGCUCCGGCGCCUGCUACUACGCCGGCGCCUGCACCUCAGCCGGCAGCUCCUGCACCUGCCGCCGCUGCCGCUACCCAACAACCGACACCCGCUACAACACCGAUUCCGGCUCAAUCCGCUGCACCGCCCGCACCUAAGACAUGGGCAACCCUCGCUGCUGCCAGCGCGAAGAAGUGGGGACCUGCUGCGGCGCAGGUUUCCGGCGUUUCAGAGGCCCCGGCGCCUUCUCCGUCACCUCAACCGACUCGCCCUCCGAACGCUCCUGCCGCCGCCAACCGACCCGUGCCACCCGCGGUCGCCGCAACGGCGAGCAUCACCACCCCACAGUGCUUCAUCAAGGGUGUCAUUGAGGGUGUAUCGCAGGCUAUGCUCGAGAAGGUGCUCACUCAGCGCUUCGGUCCUAUCAAGGAGCUCGAGAUCGUGCGUUCGAAGGCGUGCGCCUUCCUCGAGUUCACGACCCUGGAUGCCGCGAAACGCGCGAUUGCCACGUCGUUGCCCAUGUCCCAGGGUGGUGAGGGCGGUGUUCGUAUCGACCUCGGCGAGGGUGCGCAGGCGCGUCUCAGCAUCGAGACGCGGAAGGAGCGUAGUGAACGCCCGCCUCCUCGUCCGCGGGGUGGAGCCCCUCCCAACGGGGACAUCAGGGGCGGCUACAGGGGUCGCGGCGGCCCGCCUCGCGGUCGUGGUGCCGCCCCGAAGUAGGUUGGAUGUUCGUGGAUGGAUGGAUUAGUGUUGCUCGAUGUUCUCUUUCCGCUUGUGGGUGGGGUUGCCGGUCGCGGGGCGUCAUGUUGUGUAGGACGCCAGAGGUCGGGGAAGGGGUGCGGGCCUCGAUAUGAAAAGUAUGCGCUUAUGAUCCUCUCUUGCAUUGCUAUCGUAGCGCUCUUUCGCAGUGUAUGGUCACAAUCAUCCAUUGUUAUGUCAUAUUUGUUUCAAUCG